CCCACGCGCUCCCGCUCGCGCGUGCAUCUCAAGCUCCCCCUUAACCUCAUAUCGCGCGUGGGUCUCCUCUCCAUUUCACUUCGACAGCCCCCGCUUAGCCCACCCCCCGCCCAUCUCGCCGUUCCCCCCUCUCUCUCUCUCUCUCCCUCCCUCCCCUCCGCCCGCCGCCAGACCGCCGCCGCCGCCGCCACCGCGAGAUGGCGACGAGCCGCUGCUACGCCACCGAAAUCGGCGACCUCCCCGACGCCAUCCUGUCGAACAUCUUCACCCUCGUGACCGACACGCGCGCCCGCAACGCCCUCUCCCUCGUCUGCCGCAAGUACCUCGCCCUGGAGCGGGCCACCCGCGCCGCCCUCGCCCUCCGCGGCAACGUCCGCGACCUCCACCGGAUACCCACCGGCUUCCGCCGCGUCGAGCGCCUCGACCUCUCCCUCCUCUCCCCCUGGGGCCACGACCUCGCCUCCUCCGUCCCCGACCCUUUCCUCCUCGCCCACCGCCUCCGCCUCGCCUUCCCCUCCGUCACCUCCCUCACCGUCUACGCCCGGUCCCCGGCCACCCUCCAGGUGCUCCUCCCUCAGUGGCCGCGCCUCCGCCGCGUCGUGCUCGUGCGCUGGCACCAGCGUCCCCCGCAGUCGCCGCUCGGCGCCGACUUCGCCACGCUCUUCGAGCAUUGCCGGUCCCUCUCCGCGCUCGACCUCUCGAGCUUCUACUACUACACCGAGGACCUCCCCCCGGCCCUCCAGGGUUAUCCCUCCGUCGCCUCCUCCCUCACGAGGCUGGAUCUCUUGACCACGUCCUUCAGCGAGGGGUUCAAGACGGAGGAGAUUCGCGUGAUCGCCGCCGCCUGCGGCAACCUGCGGGAGCUCCUCGUCGCGUGCACCUUUGAUCCCAGGUACUUCGGGUUCGUCGGCGAUCAGGCUUUGCUCGAUAUAGCUGCCAAUUGUCCCAAAUUGACCCUGCUUCACUUGGCCGAUACUUCUUCGCUGUCGAAUCUGAGAGGCGAUCCGGAGGACGAUGGGCUCACUUCGGAGGAUGCGGGGAUCACGCGGGCCGCGCUGGUGGAGGUGUUCUCGAAACUUAGCUUGCUUGAGGAUUUGGUGUUAGAUGUUUGUAGAAAUGUCAGAGAGAGCGGGUUUGCUCUGGAAGUGUUGAGUUCCAAAUGCAAGAACUUGAGGGUGCUCAAGCUGGGGCAAUUUCAUGGGCUUGUGAUGGCAAUUGAAUCUCAGUUAGAUGGGUUGGCACUCUGCCAAGGUCUCACGUCUUUGUCGAUCAAGAACGCGGCGGAUUUGACGGACAUGGGGUUGAUCGAGAUCGCGAGAGGGUGUUCGAAGCUGAGGAAAUUCGAAAUUCAGGGUUGCAAGAAUGUUUCCUGGAAGGGUAUGAGGUUGUUUGUCAGUUUGCUUUGCCGGACUCUGCUUGAUGUCAGGAUUUCUUGUUGCAAGAAUCUAGACGCUGCAGCAUCUUUGCGUGCCGUGGAACCGAUUCGUGAUCGGAUCCAGCGGCUCCACAUUGAUUGUGUGUGGGAUGGAUUGGAAGAAUGGGAGAGACGAGAGGAAGCUUGUCAUGGUUUCGAUCUGAAUGAAGUGGCCGAGCCUAGUGUGCCAAGCCAGAACAACAAAAUCAUGCACUUUCUUGAUGGUAGCACCGACUGCGAGGAUGCAGGCCGGAACAAGAGAUGCAAAUAUACUCUUGAUAGCCAAUACUCCAAUGCCGUCAGCAACGGCAAUGGAUUCUUGUGCAAUAGCUGGGAAAGAUUACAAUACCUCUCGCUUUGGAUUGCAGUUGGUGACCUCUUGACACCGCUUCCAAUGGCCGGUCUCGAGGAUUGUCCCAAUUUGGAGGAGAUCCGCAUAAAAGUGGAGGGAGAUUGCAGGGGGAAGCCAAAGCCAGCGGUUCCCGCAUUUGGGUUGAGUAUGCUUUCCCGUUACCCAGUACUUUCGAAGAUGCAGUUGGAUUGUGGUGAUGCCAUAGGUUAUGUAUUAACAGCACCGUCAGGGCAAAUGGAUCUGAGCUUGUGGGAGAGAUUCUUCUUGAACGGGAUUGGGAAUCUUAGCCUUAACGAGCUGGAUUACUGGCCUCCCCAAGAUCGGGACGUCAACCAGAGGAGCUUGUCGCUGCCUGCGGCCGGUUUACUUGGACAGUGUCUUACAUUGAGGAAGCUCUUCAUUCACGGAACGGCACACGAGCAUUUCAUGAAUUUUCUGCUGAAGGUACCGAAUCUUAGGGAUGUACAGCUGAGAGAAGAUUACUAUCCGGCACCCGAGAACGACAUGAGUACAGAGAUGAGAGUGGAUUCAUGCAGUCGCUUCGAAGAUGCAUUGAACAGGCGGUACAUACUAGAUUGAGGUAACAUGGUUCGGUCAUGCGUCUUGGUUGUGAAGAGCAUGACCGCAAGAAGUCCUGAAAGUUUUUUGCGGGACCAAUUUUGUUGUAUAUUUUGCUCGGUCUUGUCUGAUUUCUACAAUGUUCACUUACCGAAUGAAAUUACCCUGAUCAUGCUUUUUUUGACUA